UGAUUUGAUAGUCUAGUCGUCGCAAACCUUAGGUUGUCUCGAGUAUAGACUAGUUAAGACCCGUAAAACUUAACUUCAGCUCUUUGGCCGCCCUCAGUCCCUGACCCCACUUCAUUUAUUAGUAGUCAAUCAGAGUAGUUGUCUGCGCAACAUGUCUACAGCCGGAAAAGUAAUAAAGUGUCAAGCUGCAGUGGCCUGGGAAGCCGGGAAACCUUUGUCGCUGGAAGAAAUCGAGGUGGAUCCGCCAAAAGCUGGCGAAGUGCGUGUAAAAAUUGUCGCCACUGGUGUGUGCCAUACAGACGCUUACACACUUUCUGGGAAAGAUCCUGAAGGCGUUUUUCCCGUUAUUUUGGGACACGAAGGCGGCGGCAUCGUCGAGAGCGUAGGCGAAGGGGUGACUUCUGUAAAGCCAGGUGACCACGUCCUACCGCUUUACGUACCUCAAUGUAAUACUUGCAAAUUCUGUCUCAACCCAAAAACGAACUUGUGUCAGAAAGUGCGCGUUACGCAGGGCCAAGGCGUUAUGCCCGAUGGUACGAGGCGUUUCCGCUGCAAAGGAAAGGAGCUUUACCAUUUCAUGGGUUGUUCUACAUUCAGUGAAUACACAGUAGUUUUGGAGAUUUCUUUGUGCAAAGUGUCCAAUACAGCACCAUUGGAUAAAAUAUGUUUGCUGGGUUGUGGUGUGCCUACUGGUUAUGGAGCAGCCCUGAACACGGCCAAAGUGGACCCUGGCUCUAACUGUGCUAUCUUUGGUUUGGGAGCUGUGGGGUUGGCAGUGGCUCUCGGGUGCAAGGCAGCUGGUGCCAAGCGCAUUAUUGGAGUUGACAUAAACCCUGGCAAAUUUGAUGUUGCAAAGAAAUUUGGAGUCAAUGAAUUUGUCAACCCUAAGGAUUAUGACAAACCAAUUCAGCAGGUGCUGGUUGACUUGACAGAUGGUGGCCUGGACUAUACUUUUGAAUGUAUUGGUAAUGUUAAUAUCAUGCGUUCUGCAUUGGAGGCUUGCCAUAAAGGCUGGGGAGUGUCUGUGAUCAUUGGAGUCGCAGGUUCAGGAGAGGAGAUCAGUACACGCCCGUUCCAGCUUGUCACAGGCCGCACAUGGAAAGGAACAGCUUUUGGUGGAUACAAGAGCCGUGAUAGCAUUCCUAAACUAGUUGAUGAAUACACAAGUAAGAAACUGCCCUUAGAUGACUUCGUAACACACAAUGUGCCUCUGAAGGAGAUCAAUGAGGCCUUCCACUUGAUGCAUGCGGGCAAGUCUAUCCGGGCAGUCGUACACUUUUAAUUGAAAGAUAUCCAUCUACAAUCACAACAUGUUAUUAAGCAUUUCCCUAUCUGAUCAGAGUUUGUAAUUGCAUUUGAUGCAAAUAAAUUAUUUUGAUGUUAAAAACA